CGGGCCAAUGGGGGCGCGGGUCCGGGGCGCGCCGCGGCGCUGGGGGCGGCAGGUUGCGGCGGCGCCCGAGCGGGUACGGAGGCUGGCGAGCGCCCAGAACAGGGAUGUUGUUGGGGCUGGCGGCCAUGGAGCUGAAGGUGUGGGUGGAUGGCAUCCAGCGUGUGGUCUGUGGGGUCUCGGAGCAGACCACCUGCCAGGAAGUGGUCAUCGCACUAGCCCAAGCAAUAGGCCAGACUGGCCGCUUUGUGCUCGUGCAGCGGCUUAGGGAGAAGGAGCGGCAGCUGCUGCCAGAGGAGUGUCCAGUGGGCGCCCAGGCCACCUGCGGACAGUUCGCCAGUGAUGUCCAGUUUGUCCUGAGGCGCACAGGGCCCAGCCUGGCUGGAAGGCCCUCCUCAGACAACUGUCCACCCCCGGAACGCUGCCCAAUUCGUGCCAGCCUCCCUGCAAAGCCACGGGCAGCGCUGGGCUGUGAACCCCGCAAAACACUGACCCCGGGGCCAGCCCCCAGCCUCUCACCCCCGGGGCCUGUGGCCCCUGUGACACUCACACCAGGUUGCUGCACAGACCUGCGGGGCCUGGAGCUCAGGGUGCAGAGGAAUGCUGAGGAGCUGGGCCACGAGGCCUUCUGGGAACAGGAACUGCGUCGGGAGCAAGCCCGGGAGCGAGAGGGACAGGCACGCCUGCAGGCGCUAAGUGCGGCCACUGCUGAGCAUGCCGCCCGGCUGCAGGCCCUGGAUGCUCAGGCCCGUGCCCUGGAGGCUGAGCUGCAGCUGGCAGCAGAGGCCCCUGGGCCCCCCUCACCUAUGGCAUCUGCCACUGAGCGCCUGCGCCAGGACCUGGCUGUUCAGGAGCGGCAGAGUGCGGAGGUGCAGGGCAGCCUGGCUCUGGUGAGCCGGGCCCUGGAGGCUGCAGAGCGAGCCCUGCAGGCGCAGGCUCAGGAGCUGGAGGAGCUGAACCGGGAACUCCGUCAGUGCAACCUGCAGCAGUUCAUCCAGCAGACUGGGGCUGCGCUGCCACCGCCCCCACGGCCUGACAGGGGCCCUCCUGGCACUCAGGGCCCUCUGCCUCCAGCCAGAGAGGAGUCCCUCCUGGGCACCCCCCCGAGUCCCAUGCUGGUGCCCAGCCUAGGUCCCGAGGGUAUGUCUGCGCUCCACCUCCCCCUGGGGCACCAGGCCCUCCUGUGGCCACAGCCACCUCAGCCUGUGUCCUCCCGCAGUGGCCCCCAUGAAGCAGAACUCCUGGAGGUAGCAGCAGCUCCUGCCCCCGAGUGGUGUCCUCUGGCAGCCCAACCCCCGCCUCUGUGACAGCCUAGUGAGGGCUUCGAGACCAGCCUGCCUGGACUACAGAAGGAGAGCUGGCGGUCACAGAGGGCUCCUCCACCACACAAUGGGAAGCCCUGGGUGUGGCCUCAGGAGCUGGGGGUGCAGUGGGGGACUGCCCUAGUCCUUGCCAGGUCUGCCAGCACCCUGGAAAAGCAUGGGGCGUAGCCAGCUCAGACCUUGCCAGGCCCCGAAGGCCAUGACUGCCUGUUGGGGACAGGAGAUGCAUGGACAGUGUGCUUAAGCUGUGAGCAUGUGUUUGCCUAUGGGAGGGGUCUUUCACUGUGUGCACACGGCAAAAGCACGUGUGUGCCACUUCCCCUACCCCAACGUGAAAACCUCAAUAAACUGCCAGAAGCGGCUUGA